GGACGCCAGGUCAGGGGAAGUUGACGAGCCGGUUCUUCCCCAAAACUAACCAAAUUAACUGCCAUCGGCGCCCCCAACAACGAAACACAGAGAGGGAGGGAGGAAGAAAGCGAGUGCAGAGGAAGAAUACGGUUCCAAUUCUCCCUCUUUCUCUCUCUCCUCUUUCUCUCUCUAGAAUCUCCCCCGACAGAAGCUCAUUACACAGCGCCCAAAAAGCGAAAACCCUAAUUUCCAAUACCAACUCCACCAAUAGGAGAUGGCGUGUCCCCCUCCCUACAGAAUCUCCCCGCCCAAUCCCUUUAUAUGACCUCAGAUCUCUCUGAACUAGUCAUGAACAAUACGAAUUUAGGUUUUAGGGUUUGCGUUAUUCAUUACUAUUAUGCAUAUUAUUGAGUUUGAGAACGAUUUUAAUAUCCCUAGGGCUUCUUCAGUCAGGGUUCGUCGAUCGAGUAGUUUUGAUUUCUCUUUCUCUCCAUUGUUGCUCAUCAAUGGCCUCUCUCGGAAGAGUUUGUCCUAUAGCAAGCUACCUCAGCAGCCCCUUAAGCUUUCCGUUCUCAAACUGGACGGUUCUUGCUUCGAUGUUGAGGUUGCAAAGACAGCAACCAUUGCAGAGCUCAAGCAGGCAGUGGAGAGUGUCUUCAGUCACUUCCCGGAAAAGGGAUUGGGCAAGAUCUCAUGGCCACAUGUGUGGGGACAAUUUUGCUUAUGCUAUGAUGGUCAAAAGCUACUAACUGAGACUGAAUGUAUCAACAACUACGGGAUCAAGGAUGGUGAUCAGCUUCAUUUUGUCCGGCAUGUUUCAAUUACCUACACCCUAAUAAAAAGGGGAUCAAAUAAAGGGAUUGCAUCUAGGAAACAACAUAAGAUAAUAGAUGAAGGUGAAGAGGGAGAACAGAGUUCCGAGGAAGAUGUUUUUGAAGAUCUGGAAAACCCAAAGCCCCAACACUUUGAUGAGGAGAAUGAAGAUCUUGACAGCCAGCAUGAAAUGAUCAGACAGACUCAUUUAUUGAAAGGGUGGUUCUCAUACUCCAGAUUAUCCUCAAGAAGAAGGAAAUUAAAGGGCAGAUCCCAUUCCUCAAGAUUUGCUAGCAGUUUCCUGGUUGGUUUACAGAAGAUUAUACGAAUUUACAGUGGCAAGUGCUCUUGAAGGGAGAAACGGGACAAAAGAAAUUUAGAUCGCUAAAUGCCCAGUGGCAACUGGACAAACUGGUUAGUGAACUAGUGUUCCAAAACUAGCUACCGUUCACACCGGCCCCCAACACACCAAAGUCUGUGUACUUGUAAAGAUAGGAUUUUUUUGUAAAUUUCCAUUUUUAGGCUACUUCCCAUCUACUCGAUGCCUUGUGCCAUUUUGCAUUCCAUUCAACUUUAUAUAAACCAAUUGAAAAGAGGAAAGCAGAUUUCAUGUCCA